GGCUGCAAUCAACCAGUAGAUGUCGGCUACACUCGGAUUUACAGCAUCCAGUCAUCCAAUCACAAUGUGCGAUGGUGGAGCGUCUUGUUCAGCCAUGUUGUGGUUUUGAAUGAGGAAGAAGCGGGAGAUAAUAUUCUUCAACGAGUUUAUAUACAAUUUAAAGUCACGCUAAGGAUAUAUAAAUGAGUAAGGGUGUGACUCAAGAUGAUGAACUUUUUUCCGAACGCGUUGGUUGCGACUUGUCGCAUUCCUGUUGGAAUUUAAACAUACUUCCAUAAAUUAGCCGUGUAGCUAGCACUGUUAGCUAGCGAGGUAGUUAGCUUAGUGUGCUAGCCAGGCAACUAGCUAAUUCUCAGCUAACUAGCUAACGGUUAGCUCGUUUCGUGGGAAAGUAAAAUGUUAAUUGUGAAGAGUGUUAGCAUUUGAAAUAGCCUCUGCUAACCUGGCUCAGUCGAAUGAAGCGCGUUAGCUUCAUUUGGUUUGACUAUAUUGAUAGGUACACUGAAAGCAGCUAUAGCGAUUUAUCUUUAAACCGACCGAACUUUUGAGCCAUGUUGAAUCAAAUCUACGAAUGGAUAGAAACAAGCUUUGCCAAUCUUCGCAAUGGUGUACCAGCUGCAGAGCACUCUGAUGCACACCCGGCACCGGGAGACUGUCCAGUGAGAAGGAAAAGACGAUUUGAAUGUUUGGAAGAUGGACAUAACCUCGAACAAGAUGGUUUAAUUCUAAAGAAAUCUCGAAUGGGCAAUCUUAUUGACACAGUCAAGGUUGCGGCUGAAGGAGUUAAGAGUCACAGCUCCAGUGUGGCUACAUGGAUGACAAAUAUAAUGCCUGCCUCCCCUGGUCCUCCACCUGGAGAACCCCAGCCCUCAACAUCAGCAGCAGUCUGGACAGGGAUGCCAAUUGUUGAAAGGAACUGUCUGGAUGAGGAGUUUGCUGCUCCCUCAACAACUUUGGAGUGGAAAACAUCCAAAUCAGAAUGGUUGCGCAAUGAGAAGACCAUUAUGGGAUUAAAAGUCUGUAGGCGAAAAGUGUGCAUGAGUCCUACACAUCGUGAAGUGCCAAAAACAAAUGGGCACUUGGUCAACUUACCACCUUCCAUAACACCAAAAUUGCACCCAUCUCCACGGCUAGGCAGGCCCCUAAACCUCCGACCAUAUGGAACACCAAGUUUUAGUGGAGUGGCAAGCAGCUCCUGCACCAACAUGUAUGAGAAGACUUUUCCCAUCAAGGUGGUGCAGAGCCCAACACACAGCACCUCAUCUGGGCGCCUGCACAAUGCCAGGCCCCGCUGCACAGCACAGGAGUCUGUUUGUGAAGAGGAGAAGGAGGUCUACAGGCAGCUUCUGAACAUGGUCUCUGGUGGUCAGUCAACAUUCCUUCACAACGGCAGCUCACACGCCAUCGUGAGGUCACACAGAGAUUUUACCAGUUUCCUGAUUUCCAGCCGCAGACUGCAACCGUUCUCUUCACCUACUGGGUCAGCAGCGGGAGGGACUUCAGAGGGAGCCAGCAGUCCCCCCAGCCCCAGGGGGAUAUCUAGCCACAGCUCCAGCAACCUCCCCAGCCCAGGUGGGACCUCCAGCAGGCCAGGGAUCCAGAUGUGGUCUCUGGACACAGACCCCAGUUCCAGCAGAGCAGCUACUCUCACAUCAACUCCCUCUCCAUCUGCUCUGCAGGAUAACUCCUUUCAGGACACACAAUCAUCAGCUCAAGAUGGUGACUCUGUAAUUAUUGUAAAUGAGCAAAAGGGUAAAAAGCAAGACAGCUCAAGUGUUCCAUGCUUCCAAGCAGAGUUAUGGAUCAAAGAAUUGACGAGUAUGUAUGACUCCCGGGCAAGAGAAAGAUGGAGACAUAUUGAAGAGCAGAAGGCCCUGACUGCUUUGCUGCUGAGACAACGCUUGUCUGAAGAGGGGCAACGCAGCCCAGAUGUGGAGGUCCACGUUCGAGUUCCUUUGGAGAAGGAAGUUCCUUUGACUCUUGUGAUAGAAGAACCGAAGCCUUUGGAAGAGAAACCAGAAUUCCCUGAACUCACAGAGGAAAUGGAUGCCGAGGUGAACCGGGCGCUGAGAGGAGCCAAUCAUGAAGUUUUAAGUGAAGGUUUUGGUCUCAGCCUCACUCGCAAAGACCUGCAGACCCUCAGCAACCUCAACUGGCUCAACGAUGAGGUGAUCAACUUUUACAUGAACUUGCUGGUGGAGCGCAGCAAGGACCCAAGCAUGCCAUCAGUCAAUACGUUCAGCACUUUUUUCUAUCCCAAGCUGCGCAGCAGUGGCUACUCUACUGUCCGCCGCUGGACCAAAAAGAUGGACAUCUUUUCUAAAGACAUACUGCUGGUUCCUGUCCACUUGGGGGUUCACUGGUGCCUCUCUGUGGUGGAUUUCCGCAAAAAGGCUAUCAUGUACUUUGAUUCCAUGGGAGGAAACAAUGAUGAAGCAUGCAGAGUAUUGCUAGAAUACCUGCGACAGGAAAGUAAGGACAAGAAGGGCAAAGAACUGGAUACAUCAGACUGGACUAUGCACAGCAAAAAGCGCAAUGAUGCCAAGUCUUCUUACAAACAGGAAAUCCCACAGCAGAUGAAUGGUAGCGACUGUGGAAUGUUCACAUGCAAAUAUGCAGACUACAUUACCAAAGACAAGCCAAUCACAUUCACACAGAAACACAUGCCCUACUUCAGGAGGAGGAUUGUUUGGGAGAUUCUGAACCAUAAACUAUUGUGAUAUGAGGAUUGUGAACUUGUCGUCUCGUGAUGUUAGAAAUACGAGUCGUGGCGACGGCUGAGCUACGCUCGACAGCAGGAUCCGCUUACAGCACGUCGUUCUGGGAAAGACGUGAACACCAGCUCAUCACAUCAGGAACCAGCUCUGGUACAAUCUCUACCGUCAAUCGAACCCUCAGCUGAUCUUAGCUGCUGGGAUGUUGCUGGAGCACCAAGCGCAGCCUCCAAGUCCUCUACUACACUUUGUUAUUUUUUGGUGCACCCAUGGAGCGUCAGUAUAGCAGCUGAAAACACUGUGUGUUUUGUAUUGCCUGGGCACAACUGUACUGACUUACAAACCAUACUCUGAGCUGCAAUGUUCAGUUUAAUGCAGACAUGCAAAGUUUACAGUUUUUUUGUCUUACAGGGAGAUGAGUGUGUUAAGCUGCAUCAUUUUUUUUUAAUAACGUCAGUAAUGAUACAUUUUGGUGUCACUGUCGUUGUUUGAUACUCUUUAGUACGCUCAAAGGAACAUUUGACUACCGUGACAUUUGAAUGGCAUCUAGUCUUAAAAAUCGGUGUCUUUGUAUUUGGGCAUGAGACUUUUAUUUUCUUCCAUAUUAUAAACAUUUCACCUAAAACAGAACUAUUUUUGUAAUUUGUUUGAUUUAAAAGGCACAGAGGUUGUCAUGUAUUGCCUCAGAGUAUGAUUUAUAAUGAAAAUACAAUGUUUUACCUUGCCACGGACUUGCAGGUGUAAUCAGUCUGUUACACCUUGAAAAAGCAGGGUUAAUAAACCCUCAUCUGUUAGUCUUGAUAAAAGAUUGUAAAUUAAGGUUCAAAGUCUAUUUUAUGUAAUUCAGAAUCUCUUUUACAGCAACUUUUGGGCAAAUUCAGUAUAUUUUGAACUAUGUACAUACUUAAAACAUAUACAGCCUCUUGAACAGUGUAAUAUACUUUUAUUUACGUUUUUCCUAUCUAUUUUUAUCUAGUCUGUUUUAGUAAUAACUGCUCAUGUAUUGUGACUGUUCUUUGUGUAUUACCUCAAAGUCUUUUGGGUUUGAUAUAAAAACUGCCACAUUUGAUAAACAGAUAACCCGGU